CCUACGUAAACAUACGUUAUACCUACGUACAUGCGUUAUAUCUACGUACUCACGCGUGUUACGCUUACGUACACACGUGCCAAUAAUAAAAUAAUAAAGUAGGGGCCUAAGUGUACGUCACUGGGCCGGCUCACACCUGUUGCCCUGGAUAGAGCACGCGGGUGAUACGCCACUGGCCGUAAACUGUUGGCACGGCUCACCUGUUGGCCUCAGCAGUGCUUGUCUGGUUUCUUGAGCGUGCGGUUCCUUUUGCUCGCCACUCUCGCAGUCCGUUGAUACCCGGUCGUUUUCAGUGUCUUUGCAUUCCUCGAAUUCGUAGGAACCCUAAGGGGUUCAAUGAGGCAGGACCCUCGACGACGCCCACGGAAAUCGAAGGACGAUUUUCCACGGAUUCCUCGGCGUUUUAUCAGCGUUAGGGCCGGAUUGUAUGCAAAUACUCGAGGAAAUAUCCGUGAGUUUGUAUCUGACUUCGUCCGACCCCGCCUCGGCUAUCGUAUCGUUAUUUACGUUGGUGACUAACGUUCCCGUGGAAGAGGUCCACUCCAGGCGAUCGUGCAUACCGCACGAUCAUUUUGCACACAGGGACGUAGUUUACAACGAAGGUACAAGAUCAGCAUGAAAAUAAAAACUCUAAUUCGACGAUGCACGUAAACGGGCACUCGACACACGGUGCGAAGCAAGAAAUGGUAUCAGACUGCAAAGAGAAAUGGAAAAACAUCCGCAACGGUUUUGUCCGGAGCUUGAAGCUCGCAGCAAGCGGUUCGUCCACAAGACAGAAGAAACCGUACUAUCUGCACGACGUUAUGCAAUUCGUGCUACCUUUCGUAAAACCCGCGUCUCACACGCGAAUCUCCGGCAACCAGCUGUCACCUCCGACCGUCGAAACGAUAAUCGAAGAAACGAAACACGACGAAGACACGGACGAGGAUGCGACGAAGGUGUUUCUUUCGGCCCAGAAAGAUGACCCACUUGCCGGAAGGCAGAAUAAAAGAGUGAAACCAUGCGACGUCGAUCAAAUGUGUGCGAACUGUUCGCAGCAGAACCCACUGGCCGAUGAUUACAGGAAGUCGUUUUUGAUUAGUUUACUUCCGGAUGUUCAUAGACUGACGGACGACGAGAUGCGUGAAUUCAAAAUGAAGGUGUUAAUGGUGCUGGACGAGAUACUGGUGCGACAACAGCAUGGACACGCUACGCAGGCAGCGAACAGGAAUUUUUCACCGCCACCUUGCAUUAUAUCGCAUGUUUCUCAACAUGUGUCGUCCAGUCCGCCGUCCAUCGAUUCUUCGACGACUCCGCAGUUUCAUAGCAACUCGUUACCUAUCACGUCCAGCUCUAUGCACUAUGAUACACUUGCACAGCAAAGUAUAGCGCAUUGUAUGAGUGAUCAGAUGAAGAAAUAAAUUUUUUAUUUUUUGA